AAGCUGGGUGCGAGCUGUAGAGACAUAUCUUUUGCGCCCUCUCCGCCAUUGUCGUGUCCCUCUCCGUUCGUCGUCGCGCUGCUCUUGGAUCCGCAGCAAUUCGAGACCCCUGUCCGCUCGCGUCACUGAUCGUCGGCAAGCACGACCAUGGCGCUCAAUCCAGAGCCUGCCUCUCCCGCGACACGCGAAAAUCAGCAACUGCCUCCCAAAAGUUACGCUGAAGCUGUUGAAGAGGAUCCCAUCGACGCCCAAGAUCCCGUGAUCGACGAGAGCAUUAUCAAAGAGACGCCGCCGCGUCCCGCGCACAUCAGAAACGGUUCCGGCGAGCCUCGAGCUCUCGGCGAAGUCAUCGACGAGGCCACAUCAUCCCCUGGAAGUCCUACAUUACGGCAUCCCAAAGGCAGACUCGAGUCGAAAGCGAGUCGCGAGAGCUACGCGAGUGCUGUCAAGGAGCGUUCGCCAACACCAAACGGACUACCCAAUGGUGACGGCUACGGAAAUCCCGUGAAGGAGACGAUCAGGAACGAGCUGAAGACAAACGGUGGCAGCAACGGCAACAGCGAGACAUUUCACGGAGUAGGCGAGGACGAGGCUCCUCGAUCACCAGUCAGGCGGACACACAAGCGUCGCUCUUCGCGCACGCUCAACGGCGAAACAAGUCGACCCACCUCAUCCGAUUCGCAAAUCGAUAUGGGGAGCGAACAACAGCAGCCAAAUGGCAACACGCUUGCGCCGUCUCCCGCAAUCGACCUCAUUCGUAAUAAGAGCGGUGAAAAUCUGACUUCGGUGAAGCGCAACGACGAUGACUUUUUGAGCUUGCAACAAAUCGAGGACAAACCUAAGCCUAUUCGUCAGCUACGGCGAGACAGCGAGCUCACGAGUGGACGUCGUGCAGGUGAGGGGUGGGGGAGGAGUGCGAUUCGAUGGGCACCGCUGAACGUGCCGGUCCAGCGUAGACUGCAGACCGCCAUGGUACUCCUGCACACGCUCUCCAUUGUGGGCUCCCUCGCUUUCUUUUUAUUCCUAUGCGGCAUUCCUCUCCUUUGGCCGAUCCUGGUGCCUUAUCUCGUCUAUGUCCUCUUCUCGCAGGUCUCGAUCGAUGGCAGUCUGGCGCUUCGCUCCGAAUUCUGGCGUCGAAGUAAGGUCUGGUCGCUGUUUGCCUCCUACUUUCCAGCGCGGCUACACCGGAGCGAGAAGCUGGAACCGACAAGGAAGUAUGUCUUUGGAUACCAUCCACACGGUAUCAUUAGUCACGGCGCAUUUGCCGCCUUUGCGACCGAAGCGCUCGGCUUCGGCCAGCUCUUCCCUGGCAUUACUAACACAUUGCUCACGCUCGACUCCAACUUCAGGAUACCGCUCUACCGCGAGUAUGCACUUCGCAUGGGUCUCGCCUCCGUCAGCCGCGAAAGCUGUGAAAACAUUCUUUCCAGAGGCGGGCCGAAUAAAGAAGGCAUGGGUCGUGCUGUGACUAUCGUUGUUGGAGGUGCACGCGAAUCCUUGGAUGCGAAACCCUACACCAUGCGUCUGGUAUUGAGAAAGCGUAAGGGCUUUGUCAAACUUGCUGUCAGGUGUGGUGCGGAUCUUGUUCCUACUCUGGCAUUUGGCGAGAACGAUAUCUAUGACCAAUUCGACUCGGACAAACACCCUUGGAUUCACAAAACUCAGCUGUUUGUCAAGAAGUUGAUGGGCUUCACUGUACCUCUCUUCCACGCGCGUGGCGUGUUCAACUACGACGUUGGGAUGAUGCCCUAUCGACGACCCAUCAAUAUCGUGGUUGGCCGGCCAAUCCAGACAAUACAAAGCAAGACGCCCGAUCCUGCUUAUGUCGAUGAACUGCACACAAAGUACGUCGAGGAGCUGCAGAGAAUAUGGGACGAUUGGAAAGACACUUUUGCCAGAGAUCGCAAAGGCGAAUUGGAAAUCGUGGAAUGAACAUAAGUCACAUUCAAUAUGUCUUUAGUAACGGCCGCGUCGCAGAACGGCUGGCUUUUUGUGUUCAUAGUGUAUCAGGAGAGCAUAGCGGCAGCACAGCGUACGC